AUGGAUAUGAACUACAACAGCUAUCUGGAUCCCCUGGGCCGGCGCUAUGCGGCAGCACCGGCCCUCACCAUGCCGCCCACUUAUGGACCUACGCAGCCAGUUGUGCAUCCCCCGAUCCCUCAGUACCAAGUACACCCGGCCUACCAACCCACCUACUGGACUGCGGCACCCUACUAUGCAUACCAACGUGGAAUGUAUUUGCCUCAAGGAGCAAUUCUCACAAAGCCAACGGAGCCCAAGCCGAGGUUAGCGAAGGACGAAGUUGAGCUGCUCGAGAGCGAGUUCGCAAAGAAUCCCAAGCCCAGCAGCAGUGUGAAGCGGGAACUGGCCGAGCAGAUGGGCGUUGAGGUCCCCAGGAUAAAUAACUGGUUCCAGAAUCGCCGGGCCAAGGAGAAGCAAUUACGGAAGACUGCUGAGUUUGAGGCACAGCAAGCGCGAGAGAGGGAAAAGGCUGCUGCUGAAGCGGCUGCCAAAGCGGCUGCUGAAAAGCAGAAUCAAGAAGCUGCGGGUGACUCGAAGGAUGAGGAUAAGCAGCAGGAUUCUUCCUCGACAUCGAAUGCCCCUCAGAGCGAGGCGAACACUACGAUAAAGGCUGAAGAGCCGGCCGUUGAGUGCAAGGCUGGAGAUCAAGUUUCACCGUCAUCAAGUCAGCCUGCGAGUGCACCGACCAACCAAUAUUCUUUCAAGUCGACCAGUGACAACUUCUCUCAAGUCAAAGUUGAGAACUCCGUGUCACCAGUUUCUCAGUCUCAACUAGCCGGUGAGCUGACGCCGCGGCCCAUGACCAACGGCUCAUAUAGUGAGAGCCAGAAUCAUUCUGCGAUGCAGCAGCAAAUGACAUUACAGCAAUCUCAAACGACCGCAUAUGACUACCAGCCAGCCGACCGAGGUUCUGUGGAUGGGUUUCCCCCUCCAGUCCUCGAAAACGUCACUUCUCAGCACAGCGACACCGCUAUCAGCGAGGCAGCAGCAUUCAGCCCGUUCCCUGAACCAGACUACUUCUCGACUCCGACUGUAUCGCAGUUCCAAAGUGACAUGAUCUCUGCAGUUGCCCCGAGCAACCCUGACAACCAAUUCCUCAGGCACCAGCCUUCAACUGAGAGCUUAGCGCAGUCAGAAGGGGUAUCGCCGAGCGCGAUCCCCGAUUCGCCUUCCACUGUGUCCUCAUUACGCUUUAAGUCCCCCCCGCCGCCUGCUGAUAUUGCCGGUCGGCGUAAGAUUCGUCGCCCGGCCCCUCUCGGGUUGUCAGCCCUUCGGGUCGGUUCGGGCCCGAAGACGGGAGCUCCUGACGCCCAAAGGCGCGAUUUGGCCAGCCCGUUGAGGCGCAUCUCCUCUGCGACAGGUCCCCUUUGCGGCCGUGUGCAGAAAACAUCUUAUGUUGGUUCGGGCCCUCGCUCACCUUUCGCCAUGGAUCGGACAAAGGAGGUCCUCCUGCAGAGCAUUCAGAGCACACAAGCCGGCUUUAUGCCCUCCCUUAACGGCACCAUAUCCCCUCUCAGCCCAGAGGGUUUCCCAGGUCAAAGCCUGACCGACUCCGUUGUGGGCGCCACCACGGCCAGCCUUUCCUCCACUGAUGAUGAGAAGUCGACCUAUCCCUUCACAACCCUCGGUACAAGCACCGUUAUCCACAGCCUGCCUCCUCUCUAUAACGCUGGCGAUGUCGCCGUCCGUUCCCCGCCUAACACUCCCGGCCUACCGAUGAGCUUUACCCCUGCAAACCCAACAACCAACGACCCAUAUUUCUCCGCCAGCUCCUCCCUCGACCCCACAUGGAAGUACAUGCCCACUUCCCAAGACGAUCCCCUCCAAACCCCUGGUCUGGUCAGCCACACCAGCUCUGAGCUCGACUUCCCGCCCUUGCAGCAGCAGCAACUUCCGGGCUAUGUCGCCAGCCAGCCGCAGACACCCUCUUUCCCGCCCACGACAGGGGCCGUUGAUUCUGUGUUCCCAACUACCAGCCUUUAUACCGGCAACCCCUCGGGCGUUGACUACCAUCCUUUCCCGGAGUCGACGUAUCCGACAGACUCGUCAGCAAAGUCAUCGCCUGUCGCACCUGUUAGACCGAUGGGUUCUGUGACAUUGCAGCAGCCCACAAAGCAGUUCCAGUUCGCGCAGAAUGUCACUCCUCAAGACUUUGGCAAGUCAUGA